AUGUCACGGGCGUCUUCGGUGUCGUCUCAAGGUCGACCCAUCCGACGCGCGGUGCCAGUCGAGCGCCUGACGAGAGACCAGCGCAAGUGGGAAGCCCUCGACUUUACCUUCUCCUUCCGCCUCAAAGUCCGCAUCAGAGUGGCGGAGAACAGAUACGAGGACAUCUAUAAGGACGUGCUGUCCGGCGACCCGGAGUACACUACGAUGUCCAACAGGGUCCCGGAGAUUCGAAACCGCCGAUCAUCUUGGACCUUCGAGGGCGACUUUGCCUUGACUCAGAUUGCGCACGCGAGCAAUGAUGAGCACUCCGAUAUACUUGAGGCAUGGCGGAGGAUGAAGCCGGCGGAAGACAGAGCAACGAACUUUUAUCAAAGAGUCCAGAGAAGGACAGAGUCAGCGUUCAAGGGAUAUGUCGAUCAUCGCGCAGGCACAAGAACAUGGGCGCAGCUCCGGCUGAUCUUCACCGCAGUCUACCAUGAUCUCAAGAACAGAGGCCAUGAUGACAGAGACGCUGAGAUCAAGUACAUCGGCAACUUGUUUAAGUGUCUUCGGUUGAUCAUCACGGGUGCCUUGGGCCUCGACAGAGAACUUUUACGAUCUGAAACGCUUCCCAGGGCUCUGACAGGUGCCAUGAUGAAUGAUCAGAUCUCCCCAACGAUACUGGAUGUUUUCGAAAACUUGUUGCGCCGCCUUCCUCCCCUGACGGCAUCUCUGCCUGAAACAAAAAGGAUCGUGAGGCUGUGUAGGGAUCAGCUGGAGAGGAUUGACGAAGACAGUGAUUUUUUCAAUCGGUUCGAUGAGAUCUUCGAUACCCUUCUAUAA